UGGGCCUCCUCUCUCUCUCCGGCUCCAUUUUCUCCGCCGCCGGGGGCCGGGGUCUCCUGUGGGGGGCCCAGCCGGUACCCCAGGUCUCCCUUCAGGGCCAGGGUGAACCUCCGGGGGAGUCGGGAGGGGGAAAACGGGUGGGGGUUGGGGCGGAGGGACCAGCGGCCCCACCGAGUUUGGGGGGGGAAGUAACCAGGCGGGGGGAGGGGCGGAGCAGGGAGGGGGCCUCAGGGCCCCCCCCCAACUAUGGACGAGCGGCUGCUGGGGCCGCCCCCUCCAGGCGGAGGCCGGGGGGGCCUGGGAUUGGUGGGUGGGGAGCCUGGGGGCCCUGGCGAGCCUCCCGGCGGCGGAGACCCCGGUGGGGGUAGCGGGGGGGUCCCGGGAGGCCGAGGGAAGCAAGACAUCGGGGACAUUCUGCAGCAGAUAAUGACCAUCACCGACCAGAGCCUGGACGAGGCCCAGGCCAAGAAACACGCCCUUAACUGCCACCGCAUGAAGCCUGCUCUCUUUAGUGUCCUGUGUGAAAUCAAGGAGAAAACCGGCCUCAGCAUUCGAAGCUCCCAAGAGGAGGAGCCGGUGGACCCACAGCUGAUGCGCCUGGACAACAUGCUUCUGGCGGAGGGUGUGGCUGGGCCUGAGAAAGGGGGGGGCUCAGCGGCAGCAGCUGCAGCCGCUGCAGCCUCCGGGGGCGGCGUGUCCCCUGACAACUCCAUCGAACACUCCGACUAUCGCAGCAAACUUGCCCAGAUCCGCCACAUCUACCACUCAGAGCUGGAGAAGUAUGAGCAGGCAUGUAACGAGUUCACGACCCACGUCAUGAACCUGCUGAGGGAGCAGAGCCGCACUCGGCCUGUGGCACCCAAGGAGAUGGAGCGCAUGGUGAGCAUCAUCCAUCGGAAGUUCAGCGCCAUCCAGAUGCAGCUCAAGCAGAGCACUUGUGAGGCUGUCAUGAUCCUGCGUUCCCGCUUCUUGGAUGCGAGACGAAAACGCCGCAACUUCAGCAAACAGGCUACUGAGGUCCUCAACGAGUAUUUCUACUCCCACCUGAGUAAUCCAUAUCCUAGUGAGGAGGCUAAGGAGGAGCUUGCCAAGAAGUGUGGAAUCACUGUCUCUCAGGUCUCCAACUGGUUUGGCAACAAGCGGAUUCGCUAUAAGAAAAAUAUUGGAAAGUUCCAAGAGGAGGCAAACAUCUAUGCCGUCAAGACCGCCGUGUCAGUCACCCAGGGAGGCCACAGCCGCACCAGCUCCCCGACACCCCCUUCCUCUGCAGGCUCUGGCGGCUCUUUCAAUCUCUCAGGAUCUGGAGACAUGUUUCUGGGGAUGCCCGGGCUCAACGGAGAUUCCUACUCUGCUUCCCAGGUGGAAUCACUCCGACACUCAAUGGGGCCAGGGGGCUACGGGGAUAACCUUGGGGGAGGCCAGAUGUACAGCCCUCGGGAAAUGAGGGCAAAUGGUGGCUGGCAGGAGGCAGUCACCCCGUCCUCAGUGACCUCUCCCACAGAGGGACCAGGGAGCGUUCACUCUGACACUUCCAACUGAUCUUGCCCCUCAGGGCCACAGGGGUGGGGGCCCACAAGGCAACUCUUGAAGAGGACACAGGCAUCCAGAGGACAAACCCCAGACACAGGAGAAGCACAAGACAGAGAAGGGCCAAUGGAGUCCUCCCUUCCCUGACCAGACUCUCCAGCGCUGGCGGUGCUGACUACGUGGCAGGGAGAAUGGGGGCCCCUGAGGGGAGAGUGGGGUCUCUCUCCCCUUUUCUUUUCAGUCUUUUUUUCCUCUCCCUCUCUCUCACACACAGACCACACACCCAGAAUCCUGUUGUUCAGAUCGCUUUCCCUUUGUUCUACCUGCCAUACUAUAUUCCGUUUCUGUCUCUUUCUCUGGGCUCCCUCACUGCCCCUCCCCACCCCACUUAUCUGCUCUGGAAUCUGUGGAGAAGCCAGCCCUGCCUGACCAGAGAUGCCAAAACUGGGGACACAACUUCUGGACAGAGGACAUGGGCCAUGAACCCUGUGCCUCCCCACCCCCUGCCCCUCCAGAUGGCUUUAUUACCUCAUACGCAGCUCAUCUUAAACCAAUAGAAUCGCUCGGUGGACGAGAGUGUCUGACUCAGAUAUCUACCUCGGAGGGAGUUUCUGCUACUUUAGGGAAUUGUUGACUGGGCUUUGGGGUUGACUGUUUUUUGUUUUUUUUUUAAAGGAAACAAACGAAACCCUGGGAUCCAUUUGUACUUUAUAAAUUUUUUGUUGCUGUUAUCGGUUCUUAAUUUUUAGUUUGGGGAAGUAGAUGUUUUUAUAAAUAUAUUGAUUUUUUUUUUAAUUUCUUGCUUUCCCACGUUAGGGGUGAUAGCCAAAGGGGUCAUAAGAGAAAGGGGAACAAACUUGUAAAGAGGCCCACCUGGCUCCAGUCCUGUCCAUCAGAAAGUGUGUUUAGCAGGGCACCAAGCCUGCCCCCUCCCCCCGAAAUCACUUAUGUGCUCUUUGCUUAUGCAGGCUGCUCUCUGCUGUGUUUGGCGUGGAGGUAGUCAGGGGCUUGCUCUGCUGACGUAUCCCCCUCACCCUACACAUAUGCACGCACGCACGCACGCAACCCUUGGGCAGGGCUGGACUCAGUAGUUUUGAGGAAGUGCCACCUUCCCCUGUGAGUGACAUGUCUUUAAAUCUUCUUUUUAAACUACUAUUUGCAGAUUGGAGGAGGAAGAAUGGGAAAGGGGUUAUUGCCAAAUAUGUUAAAUGUGGGUUGGGGUGCUUGUAUAUGAAUCUCCCUCAAUUUCCCCAGAAAUGAGGCAUUUUUUUUUUUCUCAGUCCAAAAUCAAGAGGGUGGGGAGAGAGAGGAGGGAGGUUGCAAAAAGCCAGGUAUGGGGGAAAGUGAAAUCACCGAUGUCCCAUCCUUGGCCAGAACCCCACCAUCUGAGCCCCUCAAACAUCCUCAGGAUUUUAUACGACUGUCAUAGUGGGGAACCUCUCCUGUCAAAGGUCCAGACAGGACUGGAGGGGAGCAGAUUAGAUGUGUGAUGGGUGGUGGGCGGGAGGCAUGGGCCGGGGGCAGUUCUCUCCUCACUUGUAAACUUGUAGUUUCACAGAAAAAAAAGAAAAAAAAAACAGUUUUAAAUAAAGAAAUUUCUUUUUUCCCUGGG